AUGGCGGAGGAAUCUGGCGAGGAGGAGUCCGAAGACGACUCUGUAACGAUCACCGUGCGAUCUCUGGGCGGCGCCGUCACCUGCUUCCGCGUGCCGCGCGCCACCACCGUGCGGGCGCUGAAGAUCAGGCUGGCGAGGAGCUGCUCAUCUCCACCCUACGCGCAGCGACUGCUGCAAGGAGAGCGGAUACUAGAGGACGAGGCGUCCGUAGAUUCUUUGCAGAUCACUUCCGCGCUGGAACUACUGCUGGUUUGCACGCCUUGCGAACUUGAAGCUGGAACGCACCUGAUCGACAGCGCAAGGUCCGGGAAUCUGCCAUCUCUGCGUCAAGCCUUGCGUCGUCCAGCGCCCCCAGAUUUCUCCAGGCCCUCGGAUGGCCUCACGGCUCUGCUGGCAGCUUCGUUCCAUGGCCACCUGGACAUGGUCGUGGAACUGCUCGCGGCCGGAGCUUCGAAGGAGAAGGCGAUGAAGAACGGAGCGACGCCGCUGCAUUUGGCUUCGCAAAGCGGCCAUUUACCAGUUGUCAGGUGCCUGUUGGCUGCGCGAGCAGAGCCCAACGCAGAGGCCGAGGACGGACGGCGGCCGCUUCACAUUGCCUGCCAGAAGAAUCAUUUAGAGGUUAUCCGGACCCUUUGCGAUCUCCAUGCUGAUCCAGACGCUCCUGGUCCCCACGCGAUGUCUCCAGCCUUCCCCGCCUGCCAGCGAGGCUAUCUCGAAGCAUUGAAGGCUCUGUGUGAAGCCCGCGCCAACCCAGAGGCCGUGGACAAGAGCGGCACCAGGUUGUUGGAUAUUGCAAUCCAGGAGGGGCAUUUAUCGUUGGUGCAGACGCUCUACAUGGCCGGAGCCAGCAUUGCAACUCCAAAUCGCAGUGGCAGAACGCCCCUCCAUGUAGCCGCCUACUCUGGCGAUCUGCUCAUCGUGCUUUGGCUUGCUGGAGAAGGAGUGCCGAUUGACACCCGAGAUCACCAAAGACUUACACCCCUGCAUUUGGCAGCGCGCUUCGGAUAUGAGGCUAUCGCGCGAAAGCUGUUCGAGCUCCAGGCCGACCUCGAAGCAACCAGCAGUGCGGGCAGCCGGCCCCUGCACAUGGCCGCUCUUUUCGACCAGGAGGAAGUCACAAGAUUCCUGUGCGAGCACAAAGUUGACCUGAACAUCCUGGCAUAUCCGGGGCUCUCGCCAUUGCAUCUGGCAGCAGCUCGCGGGAAUCUUGAUGUGGUGAAAGUUUUGUGCGACUUCGGCGCUAAUCUCGCCAGAAGGGACAUCUUCGGUGCCAUGCCGGUCAGCACGGCAGUCCGCUACGGUCGGGAUGCGAUUGUGCAGUGCAUGCUGGACGCAGCGAGCUGCCAAUGCUCUGAGUCUACGCCAGGCCAUGUGGAUUCUGCCCCCUCCUUCGUUGUAGAGUGA